GCGGCCCUGGACAUGCUCCAAGCCACCGCCCUCACCGCCCGCUGCCACAACGCCUUCUUCCGCCAGAAGCAGCUCAAGACGCUGCACGACACGCUGCGCAAGAACAGCAAUUCCAUCCGCGAUGCCAUCAAGCAGGACACGCACGUCACCGACGACGAGGCCACCACCGAGGUGGCCCUUGUGCUGGACCUCGUCAAAGAGCACUACGACUCGCUUGACGCCACCAAAGAACUCGAGGCCGAGUACAGCCUCACAAACGGCAAAAACGCCGCCGACCGAAGAUUUCCCUGGGGGGUUGUCUACGUUGAGCCGCAAAAAAGCCACACGCCCUUCUUUUCGGCCCUCUCGCCUGUGAGCGCCGCCAUUGCAGCCGGUUCUUGUGUGGCGCUCAAGCUUGAAAACAACCUCCGUGCUCUUCCCUCGCUGCUCCGGAAACUGCUCAGGGAGGCGCUCGAGUCGGAUACGUUCCUCAUCAUCGCAUCUGACCCAUCGCCCCAAUCGCUUGCAGGAUGCCUCCAAGUCUUCCAAGAAACGCAAAUCAGCCAGCCAUCAUACUCGCAGCACGUGUCGCCUCGCGGCAAGGUCGUGGCAGUCGUCGACCGAACCGCAGACCUCGCUGCCGCCGCCGAGCAACUGAUCACGGCGCGCUUUGCAUUCGGCGGCACAUCACCGUAUGCGCCCGACAUUGUCCUCGUCAACGAGUUCAUCAAGAAAGACUUCCUCGAGCACCUUCUCAAGAACUCGUUCCGCUUCCUCGCCGGCUCCGGCACCGUCUCCAACGGAACUACAAAAGCCAAUCAGCGACCGUCCAGAAUCAGCGACACCUUCAACGCCCUCUCAGAAAGCAAGUCGUGGAAGGUCAGCGUCAUUACCCAGGGCGACAACGGCGCCAUUCUCGAUCUCACAAACCUGCUCGCCCUCCCGCCCAAGUCCGAACAGCCCGUCUUCUGCGUCUCCGCCAUCACCUCGCUCGAGCACGCCAUCAGCCUCGUCGAAGACGACCUGGAGCCGCAGGAGAGCCUCCUGGCUGGCUACCACUUUGGCACGGCGUCGAUAGACAAGUACCUCUCACAAUUCAUUGUUGCAAACGCCUCGUUCGGCAACCACAUCCCCUUCCGUCUUCUCCUCGGCCCGCCCGCCCCCCUGUCGCAGCCCUUUGACGUCGAAAAGAGGUAUACCCCGCAGCAAUUCAUGCGCCUUUCGCCCGCGUACAUCAGCGCCCCGCCCUCGCAGACGGCAAUGGCCAAGCUGCUGUCCGGCAAGGACUCGAGCAAAGUAGCGAAUGAGGUGCUGCGCAGGGCGACGCAGGAAAUCAAGGAGAAGAAACGUCCCUUUACGAUUACAUGGGGUUAUUUCGAAAAGGGCUUGUUGAUUGGCCUGGGUGUCUAUGGUAUCCCCCUGCUGACGUGUAUUGGCGCGACGCUGUUCCUUGGUGUUAGGGCGGGACUGAGGAAAUUCGCCAUCAUCUGAGUUCAAAUUAGAUUUUCUUUUGUUUGACUUUUGUUUGUAAAAUGUAUGUUUCGA